UUUCGCUGGAUGGAACUAGGGUGUGCGGCUUUAAUGAAUAGGAACAUAUAUAUUAUUAUUACUUGUAUACAGAUAGCACAGUGCUCCUGAGUCCUGUUUCUAACAACAGUUCACACAUCCUUCCAAUUUCCACUGACACUCCGCACUUCUGUUGCACUAUUUGUGUUACAACUGGGGGGAAAUGAGUCUUAGUUUUACAUGAAAACAACUUUUAAUGAAUAGGAAUGUAUAUGUUAUAUUAUAAAUGAAACCAAAUUCACUUGUUAUAAAAAUCAGAAUACAUCACAAGCUCAGUGCUUACUAAACUAAUCACUUUUUUCUUCUCUUUUCUAUCUUUCAUGUGCAUGAUACUUUCACUUCUGGUUCAUGAUAGACUUGCUCAUCACUAGUACUUGAAGUUACAGGGACUGAUGUUUGUUGUAAGCAAUUGGUAGCAUGGGAUCACAAUGCAGCUACAUAUCAGACCAAUAACAAACAGGGUUCAAAUGAGGAAAAUAUUAAUAAAUCACUUCUGGUUCAGGGCAUCUAUGAUGAUGCAUUUUCAUUUACGGGCUUUGAACCAGGUGUUAAAGCAGUUGAAGAAACUGAAGAUGACCAGUUAGACUAUGAACCUGUUGAGUAUGUUAACAUUAAAAUGUCAUCGGUUGAAUCACAUGAUCAGUCUGACAGUUCUACGGACUAUGAAGAUAUUGAUGUGUGGCUUGCUCCUCCAUCCAAGAGUUCAGAGUUGCUGCCAAGGCAUUUAGUUUGUGAUAAUACACGAGCUGAUAAGACUUGCUCAUCACUAGUACUUGAAGUUACAGGGACUGAUGUUUGUUGUAAGCAAUUGGUAGCAUGGGAUCACAAUGCAGCUACAUAUCAGACCAAUAACAAACCGGGUUCAAAUGAGGAAAAUAUUAAUAAAUCACUUCUGGUUCAGGGCAUCUAUGAUGAUGCAUUUUCAUUUACGGGCUUUGAACCAGGUGUUAAAGCAGUUGAAGAAACUGAAGAUGACCAGUUAGACUAUGAACCUGUUGAGUUUGUUAACAUUAAAAUGUCAUCGGUUGAAUCACAUGAUCAGUCUGAUAGUUCUACGGACUAUGAAGAUAUUGAUGUGUGGCUUGCUCCUCCAUCCAAGAGUUCAGAGUUGCUGCCAAGGCAUUUAGUUUGUGAUAAUACACGAGCUGAUAAGGUACAUACAAUGUAUAUAUUGCAGAAAGAUAUUCUUCUUUGACUGGUGUAUAUUUGAUACGUAGAUUCAUUUAUCUACUUCCUUGUAAACGUUUUACAAAAAAACCCUCCUUAAACAAUAUCAGAACAAUUGUACUUUAUAUACACAAAACAGUAGUGUUCAGUUUCUGUUGCGUAAACUAUACAUGGUCUGUCUUUACAUAUUUAUUUAUUUUAUUUAAGAAUUGACCGCAAUUAUAUUUUGGUUCAUGCAAGUAUGAACCGAAAAAAUGAUGUGCAUAAUGUAUGACUCCUCGUAGAAGGUUAUACAAAAGUGUAUUCAACUGUAUAUACAAGUAUAUUGCACUAUUAUGUCAUACAGGAAACAUAAUGUCAUCUGUAAGGUGCUAAAAUUUCCAAAUUCUGUCGAAAAAACACAUAGCACUCAUUGGGCAAUGCUAAGAGGAUUUCCAGGUUUACACUGGAAAUAGAAAGAAAAAGAAAGAAAUGUUUUAUUUAACGACACACUCAACUCAUUUUAUUUACCGUUAUAUGGCGUCAGACAUAUGGUUAAGGACCACACAGAGUUUGAGA